GCAGCAUUUCACCCCCUUAAGUCAGGGCUCCAUCUCUGGGCUCACACGGCCCCAGCCCUCCCACCGUCACAGCGCCUGCUGGACCGGGGCAGUGUGGGACAAUGGCUCUUGGGUCCGCGCGCAGCCUUCUGCACCCUGCCAGGGGGAUGGAGAGAACUAGCGUGUGUCUCGGGUGUCUGCUCUCUGAACAAGGAAGCCCCGCCGGGGCAGAGCCAUGGACAGGAUUUGGAAGCUGGUUUGUGAGUCACUGUGAACUCUCAGCACCCGCCCACUUGAGGCCAACUUUGAAAACUCAGCUUGCAUGAACUGUCGGACCAGGUCCAGGUACUGGGACUUUCUCAGUGGCCUUGUUAGCGCUCAGCCGCUGAGAACAGCCUUGAGUUGAGGAAAUUGUGGCCGGACAAACAGCGAGGCAGUUCUGCUCUCGCGUCAGUCACUCUGCUGCUGGCUGGCUGGGGCUGAGCCCGUGCCCUACAGCGCGUCUACUGGGAGAGGAGGUGACCCGUCUGUCCUCUGGGGAUGUUGGGCCCGGCUCUCCUCCUCACGCUUCUGUUCCUCAAGGGGCAUCAGGGCCAAGGGACGGUCACCGAGAAGUGUUACUCUGAGCGGCUCCUGAUGGCUCCAGAGGGGCUGGGUCAGCAGGAACAGGCUGGCCGUGGUGUAGGAGAAUUCCUAGAUUCUGCUGAACACGUGGUUGGACUCUCAGGAGCGUGUCUCGAGUUACACCCUCCGCGGAUACAGACAAGCAACAUAUACUCUGUUGAGUGGAAGGAGCUGGUGGGCACACCUUUCAAAGUGUCCUCGAUACUGAAAUGGAAGUAUAACUCUCCUUGUUGCAAAUAUGAAGAUUGGACUUUGAAUCAUAUCAACAAGAAGUUCAAUUUUAUAACCACGAACUUUAGCCUUAUCAUCCAGGCAGCUCAUCAGCGGGACAGCGGCUUGUAUAUCUUCGAGGUGACUGAUGAGAGUGGAGAUGUUGAGUGCCACAAAUUCCGGGUCUCUGUAUUUGAUCAUGUAGGGAAGCUCCACAUACAAGAGGAACAGAAGGAGCUGGACGGAGGGAGGUGCCAAGUGACUCUGUCCUGCUCCAUCAUCAGUGGUGGUAAUGUGAGCUAUGAUUGGUAUAGAGAGGGUAUGCUGAUCCAGACACCAAGGAAUCUCAGCAAAUUGGAGGACCAGAUUGAUGCCAACAGCUCACACACAUACACCUGCAAUGUCAGCAACUUGGUCAGCUGGGUGAGCCACACCUUCACCCAGCACUGUCCGAGCGACGUGAAGCACUCCAUGCGCGAGUUUCUGCUCUCAUUGGUGGUCAUCGUGGUCUGUCUGAUCACACUGUUCCUGGGCAGCCUCAUCGGCCUCUGCGUGUGGAGGAGGAAGAGGAAGCAGUCACAGGCCAGCGCAGAGGAAUUUCUGACAGUUUAUGAAGACGUCAACAACGUGCAAAUCACGACGAAUCAAGUACGGUGCCCUAGGGCUCGGGGUCCCUCUUCACGAGCCUGGGAAAUGCUUCUCCGGAGGAUGGCCACCAGGAGCAGGGACAUUAGUGCCCUGUCCGAGGGAUCCGCAGCCUUUCCGUCUGUCUUCCCCAGCAGCCUCCUAGCUCUGGCUGUGGAGGAAAAGCAGAAAACAAGAGAAAACCUGAGAAGGAUGGAGCCCGACAACCCCCCAGCAGGGGGCCGAAUGCAGCCCUUGCUUCGCCAGGGGGCGCCGCGUCCUCAUUUCCGCCCAGUCCCUGCAGCCGGGCUAAGCCCUGGGGAGAAUCCAGCUUUCUCGUAUUUUGUGCCUGGGCACCAAUUCUCGUGUCCUUGCAAGUCCAAGUUUACUCUUCUGGGUCCCUUGAUUGUUGCCCAGGCUGCAGAGGAUGCCAGCCGGAGCAGCCAAAGCUUAAGAGCGUGGUAGCUGGCUCAGUGUCUGCAUUUUGGGAAGAGGCCUGAGUCUGGGUGAGGGGCUAAGAAGGGAGGCAGGUCAGCACGAAGCUGAGGAGCCGGUGUGAGCCUCCUUGGGAGCCCAUUCGGGCCGCCUCCUCCCGGCACCAGCAGAGGGGGCGGCGGGGGAGCCGGGGAGGGACCCGCGGAAGGUGCAGGCGGCCGCCUGUUGCUCUGCCCCUGGACGGUGCGGAAGUGGUGACGGACCCGGGGGAAGGGCAGCUGGCAGCGGCUAACCCAGCCGCCCAGUGGGCAGGGCGGGUGGGGGAGAGGAAGGGACCCCUUCCAUCCGCAUUCCCGGUGCUCGGCCUGCGAGGCGAAGCAGGAAGUCGCAGGGGCCGGGCUUGUCUGCUCUGUCCCUGGCGUGAGCCUCGGGGAACCGAGAAGCCACUUCCCUCAGGUCUGGGCUCGGUGGGAACUGUGAUUCGGGCAGCUCCCCACCCCCCUGUUUUCUUGCUCAGCAGCGGAAUAACCGGGAGUGAAACACAAAGGGUCUUUGUUUCUCCCAUCGCUACAGGCGCUGGGACAAAUUCCUGAGCGCAAGUGCAUCUAACUACCGCCACUGGAGCCCAAAUGCUCCGGAUAAAUUGCCUUUCCUUUCGGUUAAGCUCUAGGAAGGAGAACGGAGGAAAAUAACCAUUUAGAAUAAAAGAAACCUCUUGGGAGAUUCAGGCCUGCUUCUCUGCUUCUGACUCAGGAGCUCCUCCCUCUGGGAUCUCAUCCCUUGCUGGCUUCUCCCCACUGGCUCCCGGGUUCUGUCCCAAGGUCCAAAUCUCAAGUUCAUGAGGUCUUCCUCUGGGGCCCGGGUCUGACCUUUCUGGGGACGCUUCACUGAGGUCUGGGCAGAACAGAAAAGCAGGGAACUGUUUCUUGCCAGGUGCCCGCCACUCUAGCCCCAAGGGCGGCUGCUAUUUUUCUGCUCCUCUUAGCUUCUUCCUUGUCCAGCGAAUCCUGCCGCCUCCUCCUGCUCCCCAUCCGAGGCGACCUGGCAGUACGCAGUCAGGAGGGGGCAGCGUGAAACUCCUUCAAGCCAGUCUCCUGUGGGCAGGAGGGGACCAGGCAAGCCACAUCCCUUUGGCCUUGUGUCCAGGGCUUCCCCCAGCUCUGUAGCUGCCCCAAAGCUGGCUGGAGGCCAAGGGCAAACUGGCUGCCAAGGCUGGAUCUAGGGAGGGGGCUUUAAAACAGUGAAAACCUCCGGGUUUCAAGGCCCUGAAGUUAGGCUCCGAACACAGCCCUACUCAGAGCUCAGCCCAGUAUCAGUGGUGAUGUGGCAAAGGCAGGUUUCUAAGUUACCAAAGUGCAGCAAGUGACAGGAGAGCCCCUGGACAGGGUCACUUGGUGGGGUCCCUUCACACCUGUGGUUCCUCGCAUAUGACGCUUAACGACUCCAGUUUGACUCUUUCUUUUCUUCCCAUCCUGGGGUGAUUAAUGACCACUUCCUCCCAGGAGCCCCUCUUUAAAAUGUUUUUUAAUGUUUAUUUUUGAGAGAAAAAAAGAGAAAGAGAGAGACA